AUGGGUUUUCGUUCGUUUGGCUUCGCCAUUGCAAUUGCCGCUAUUCAAGCAGCUACGGCACAUGGGUCAGGCUGUGCAGUGGAUAGCUCAGACGCGGAGCUAAUGGGUUCAUUUGGCAUCGUGUCUAACGUAUCAAUUGUCUCGCGUCAGGAGCCAAUGAACACAUACAGGGUAUUUGCGCACAACGUAUACGAUGCCAAGACGGCGGAAGGUGGCUUUCUAAGUGAGGAUACCAUCGAAAAGCACAUAACUACCUUGAAUGAUCAACUAAACCGCUACGGCUUCGUGUUCACGCUUAACAAGGAGGAUAUACGUUAUACAGAGGCACAGGGUAUUGCCGCCGCCAAGAACAGGAAGCAACACGAGUAUUUGGUAUCUACACUGCGCCAGGGCAACUUUGACGAUCUGAACAUUUUUUAUCUCAAAAGAAUUUGGGAAGAACGGCCGAGGUCGGGUGGCGCAUCUCUUGGCUUGGCCACCCACCCCCAGGCCGGACAGCCAGAGAUGGAUGGCAUUUUUCUUUGGUCUGAAAGUGUGACUGGAGAAGACACCGAUUCGAUUCACAAGGUUCUGGGGAGCGGUCUUCCUGAAUCUGCGCCCGCAACCGCCGCUCACGAAUUCGGCCACUGGCUUGGUUUGUUCCACACCAAUGAGGGUGGCUGCAAGGGCCAUGUCGAUCCGGACUCUGGCGAGCUGUACAUCAACGACACAAACCUCGAAAAGCCUUCAGAGGGAUUCGCAGCCAUUUUCGAAGAACGGACAGAGGAUCUUUGCAAACCCGAGUACGGCGCGUGUGACAAAGCCAAGCCAGUCAUGAUCCAUAACUUUAUGAGCACGCGACCAUGCAUGCAGAAUGAGUUUACCAACGGACAAGUUGAGAAAAUGAGGCGUUGGGCUAAGUUCCGGGCUUUCCUGAAGAACAGGUCCGUGGCGAAGAAGCCAAGACUGAAUAAACUCUGCACACCAUUCCGGGGUGACCUGAAGACCUGCAUUGGCGCAAUGAAGAAGUGUAAUGAGCAGUAUAAAGAUGAAAACGAGGUUACCAAAUGUGUGCACGCCGCUGCCAUGCCCAAGGAACCCAACGACAAGCCGCCAGCCAAGCCCGAGGAACCCAACGACAAGCCGGCGGAAAGCGCUCCCGGUUACGAGUCGGGGAAAACGCCGAAUAAUACAGCUGAUAUCUCCAAGGAUAGCAUCUGCAAGCCCUUCAGCGGCAACAAGGCAAACUGUAGCAGAGCCGCAUUCAAAAGCGAGAAGCAGGUCGGCCUUGUCGAUCGGGUCAGGUUAGGGGAAGCCUGA